GCCAAAUCGAUAAAGAAAAGGAAAAAAAAAAAUGCAUCAAUCCCUUUCCGGCUUCCGCGAAGUUGAAUUUCAAAUAGAUCUGCACAUUCCGCACAGCCACCGCCGCCGGAGAUUAAUUUCCUCUGCUGAUUGCCUUCAACCGGCGACUGAUUGAUUGAGAUAUCGGGUAGGAAGAAGGAGCAAAUAGAAUAAGCGACGUACUUUCCGAUGGCCGAUUCCCCGGGUUCCGAGUCGAAAAGCGGCGCGGACGCAGCAAGAAUGGGGGAAGUUAAGGCGUGGCUCGCAUCUCAAUUCGAUGCGAUCGGGAAAGAAGUUCCUGAUUUCGAGUACACACCUCGCACCAUCGCUCAUUUCCACGAUCUAGCCACCGUCUCUCAGGCAAAGACCAAGGCGGCGAACAUCGUCGCCGCUGAUUUCUGCCAGAAAGCGGCCGAGUACCGUGCUCAAGCUGCGAGGGUUAGAGAGAUAUUGGAGCAUGUUGGACUAGCACAAGAGAGUUUACCUUCCAAUGUGGUGGGUUCGGCUCAAGUUCUUGCAAAUGUGGCCAACUUGUUGAACAUUAGAGACACUGAACUAAGCAGUUUUUUAGUAGCAGCUGCUGACAUUUCCUUGAGAAAGACCGGUGUAGAGGAAAAGAGGGCUAAAGUAAGGAACGAUUCCAAAGUUCUGCUGGAUUACACCCGAAAGGCGAUUGCGAGGCUUACGUACUUAAAAAGAACCCUUGCACAGCUCGAGGAUGAUGUUGCCCCUUGUGAGGAUCAGAUGGAUAGCUGGAAGACCAAUUUGGCAGUAAUGGCAUCAAAAGAGCGACAGUAUUUUCAACAGCAUUCCAAUUACAAGCCAACUUGUAGGGACAUAAAGAGAGAUGGCUCCUGCCCUGCUCUUGUUGAGACCAGUUUGCGGAGAUGAUCCUGCCCAUUGCAAACUGUGGGAAAGGCGCUGCUGAACCGUGUAGGCUACACGCCGGAGAUCAACCACAGGGUGCUGGUGGAAUUAGGCGAGCACAGAAAGGAGCUCGAGAAGGAGACCAAACCCAUCUUGGAUACACUGAGGAGUUACCAGGACUUGCCCGCGGACAAAGCUCUGGCGGCUCUGGCGAUCGAGGAGAAGAAAAGACAGUACGCAGCCGGCGAGAAGUAUCUUGGAGACCUUGUCCAGGCGCUGGCAAUGCAACCCUGACCAUUCAUUUAACAGAACCAACGUGCUUCUCUCUUUUGAUUGGUUAUCCAGAAGCUUGUUUUGUAGUUACUCUCACUGGCUUCUUAUUGGUUGUGGAAGUCGCCGGCGAGAACCAGAUAUAAUGGGAUAAUGCAGAAGUCACAUGGCUGUCGUCGUCGAUGAUGAGGUGGACGGGCUGUGGAUUGAAUCGAGGCUGACGUGGAUGCCACGUGAAGUGAAGCCGGUGGACACGUGGCGUGAAAGCGGGAACGUUACGUAAUACUUUGUCAGAGAGGCUACAACCGCCAUUGAGAGGGGAACUGAACUCCCAACUGGGAAAACAGUACAAAAGCAAAACCGACCGGCCCAAGCAGACGACUCCCCACCCACACGGUCCAGUCCAGGCCCAAUAUCCCAUCUCAAUCCCUCUCUGUUUUUUUUUUUUGGUCUUGUAAAUCGUGAAGCCAACAAAAAGCAGCUGGCUGGCUUUUGCCGGCGAGAAGAGUACACGUAAAACAUAAACCUUUUUAUCAUAUCCUUUGCUUUCCUUUCUAGCUAGGCUUUCUCAGGAACACAAAGCAAACCCCUGAAAGAAAAGAAGAAAAAAAAAAAACACUCAUCGGAAGAAGGGAAAAAGAAAGGUAGACAUGGCGUCGAGUAGCGGCGGCGGGAUGUCGAGGGAGACGCAGAUGUCGAUCGAGGCGUCGUCGAUGUUCCCCGGGUUCAGAUUCUCGCCGACGGACGCCGAGCUGAUCUCCUACUACCUGAGGAAGAAGAUCGACGGCGACGAGAAAUGCGUGGAGGUGAUUCCUCAGGUGGAGAUCUGUCGGCACGAGCCAUGGGACUUGCCAGCCAAAUCGGUAGUCCAAUCGGAGACGGAGUGGUUCUUCUUCUCGUCUCGAGGCCGGAAGUACCCCAACGGUUCUCAGAGCAAGAGGGCGACGCAGCUCGGCUACUGGAAAGCCACCGGCAAGGAGCGCAGCGUCCGAUCGGGCUCCGCCGUCAUCGGCACGAAACGCACCCUCGUCUUCCACAUCGGCCGCGCCCCCAGAGGCGAGCGCACCGAGUGGAUCAUGCACGAGUACUGCACGUACUCCGGCGCCGGCCAUAAUUUGCAGGAUUCUCUGGUCGUGUGCCGACUGAGGAAGAACAUGGAUUUCAGGGGACAUCACGGUAACUGCGACGGCGUGAUCUCCGGCAACAACAACAACAAUGGGAACGGAACCGGCAUGGAGAAUAAUGGGGCGGAGAGCUCGAAGAAGACGACGGACAGCAGCUCCGACUCCUACUCGAUCGAGCAGCGCGACGGCGGCGGCGGUGCCGAGUCCUCGAGCCGUAUGGCUCGCCACGAUCCGUUCGAGCUGAAAAUGCUGGAGGAAUCGUGCAGGGGGAUCGGGUUGUCGAAGAAAAACCACGAGGACGAUUUCUACGCCGACAUUCUCAAGGACGACAUCGUCAGCCUCGACGACGACGGCGGGCUAGCUGCUCCGGCGGUGUCGGUCUCGGCGGCUGCCGCCGCAAUGCAGGGGUUCGCGCCGCUGUGGGUGGUGCCGCCGCAUCAGCAGCAGGGGACGGCGAACCGGAGGGUGAAGCUGGAGAGCCGGAGAAGGGUUGGGAAUGUGGCUGCCGCGGCGAGAGAAUUAGAGGAAGAAGCGAAAGAGAAGAAGGAGAAGAAGAAGGUGCCGAGCUGCGCGGUUGGGCUGGUGAUGUUCGUGAAGAAGAAGCGCGGGAAAGGUGUGGCGGCGCUGUUCGUGGCGACGGUGCUGGUUGUGGCUGUGUUGCUGACGUUGUUCGGGUCUCUGUUUGGGCACGACAAGGUUUCGGGGAAGAUCAGGAAGGUCGCCCAUCUGCCGUCGUUGUCCUUCAGGUCAGGCACCUGAAGCUCUACUGCGACAAACAAUGGCGACGAUGAUGUAAAUAGCAGGUCGGGUUGUGAAGGGUAGAAAGAAGUGUUGCCGUCUUUAGUAUUGUGUAUUUAUGGCUUCUUUUUUUUUGUGUCUGUCCGUUUAUAGAGGAUGGUUGAGAGGUCUCCGCCAUAUAUGAACAGUUGCUCUUCUUUCUUAUGCUGUUUGGAAUAGCUAGUGUCAUUUUGAGGUAGAACGGUCACACCUAAAUUCUGGCUCAAGAUAGGGUGCAUAACCAUGGGUUAUGUACCAAUAAAUAACCAAAUCUGGACCCUUCAUUUAGAAAAUCCAGAUCUAAGGAUGGAGAAUUAAAGACUAUUUUUAUUUUCACUAGUUUUUUUAAUUGACUCAUAUCUUUUUCGUUUUAA